UGUCUUAUGCGACACCAUCCAUCAUUCGAACACAAGAAACAGAAUCUAUAAAACUAUAGUAAAUACGGUGCUAUGGAAUUGGAGAACAAAAAAAUUAUACAUCACCAUUAUUUCUUCUAAUAUUAAAAUUUUAACUAUAUAUAUUUGUAUAUAAGCAUAGAGAAUCAGUGUGUCGAGUGAUGGUGGAGAACAACAUGAAAGGGCGAAUUGGCAGAUUCGAAUGUGACAGAGAAGAAGAACUAUCGUUUUUCCGGGAACUGAAGAAACGUCAGAAUGAAUAUUUCCCAAGCCUCUGUGCGUCUGAAGAGUAUGAAUGUGAUACUAACUAUGGUGGUAAUGGAAAGUCUUCACUUUAUAGAAUUCCUUCAGGGAAGAAAGAAUCUGGACUUGAGCUUCUAGAAAUUAAAAAUAAAAGCGACUUUGAUUGGUUGAAAACACCACCAGCAACUCCUCUGUUUCCAUCCCUAGAAAUGGAACCUAGUGCCAAACUCGUCGUUCAGAAAGAGUUACCUAUUGCUCAGCUUAUCUCAAAAGCACAAUUUGCAAGGAGUGAUGCGGAGGCACUAAAACCAAAAGCAAAUCAAACCAACUCAACUAAAUCAACAAAGCUUCCCAUGAGAUCCAUAACACCAAGUUAUAACAGACAAAGACCGAACAUCAUUAAAAAUACAAAUGAUGCUACCACCAAAAAAGAACAUGAUGCUACAAACAACACUAAACAUCUUAAUCCUCAAAGACAAAUCAACAAUGUUGAUUUCCUGUCUUUGAAUCAAAAGAAAAGUAUUGAAGCAAAUGAGUCACUGAGGAAACCUAGAACAAGAGGUGUAUCUCCAUCAUUGAAACCCAAAGGUUCAAAUAUUGUGAUAGAACUCUCGAACGAGACACCGCAAAAUUUGAGAACAGAUAAAAGGUCAACUUCAAACACAAGAGGAAGAAGCACUGCAAGAGGAUCUGUAGUUGGAGGGUUUCAAAAUCAAGAUACUACAAAAGAUACCAGAGGAAGAAGCACUACUAGAGGAUCUUUAGUUGGAGGGUUUCAAAAUCAAGAUCCUACUCCAAAGGCGUGUAGGCCAUCAAGGUCACCAUCACCAAGUAUGUCUAAGUAUGGUUUGAAUCAAUUUGAUAGAACACAAAAGAAUGUGAAGACACAAAAAGAAACGUUUACUCUAGCUGCAGCAAGUAAUGAAAGUAAAUCACAUUUUAGAGGAAGUAAAAUGGUUGAGAGAGUGGUGAAUGCUAGAAAAUCUGGCGGCAAUCAUGUCGAAAGAGAAGCAACACUAAAGCCUAUUAAAUAUAGGGUAUGAUUCUUGUUUAUUAAUGUAACAAAAUGAGACAUAAAAGAAUCAUUUCUUUUGAGUUGUUAUGUUCUUUUUAUAGUAAAAUCUAGCUUAAUUAGUAGUCUAACCAGUAAAAAUAUACA